UGAACCGAACGACUCGCCGUAGCCGAGGCUUUUUGCCGCGGUGCGCGUGCGCGGCCCCAAACUGCGGCAUCUAGAGGUGAAGGAGGAAGGACAACAUCGGCUCCUCGGGCCAGAGCGAGGCGGCGUCUUUCCCGACUUUGCCGCGAGACAAGGAAGCAUCAUGUCAGGUGCUCUGUUACCCAAACCACAGAUGAGAGGCCUUCUGGCCAAACGUCUGAGAAGACACGCUGUAUUGGGAAUUGUCUUCUGUUUGGGAGUAGCAUCUAUGUACAAGUUUGGCGUGGCUGAGCCCAGGAAGAGAGCCUAUAAAGACUUCUAUAAAAACUAUGAUGCCAUGAAGGAGUUUGAGGCUAUGGCGAAAACUGGAGUCUUUGAAUCUACGCAAAUCAAAUAAUCACAAGCUGGUACUUAGACCCUCCUUGGAGAUCUGGCAAAAUUGAACAUCACUGUUUCUUUGAACUGUACCUUAUGAUCUACUUUAGUGCUGGUCAUCCAGUACCUUCACUCAUUAAAUGAAGUACUUCUGUUAGAAUAGACAGAAGGCCAGUU